AUGCUGGAGAUCAGCCCAGGAUUCCCCCAUCCCCUCCCGCCAAAUGCCCACGGCAUCUUCCAUUCAGCCCGGCAACCCCCGUCCUCUUCUCUCCCUCCUCCUCCAUCGCGCUCCUCUCUCGCCAUCUCGAGCUGCCUUUCUGCGGCAAACACCGUCGGCGGCGACAACAACGCCACAGCCAAUUCCUCCUCCUCGCCGACGGUCGCCAAGCUCGGAGCGCGCAAACGGCCGCACAUCACGAUGCCGGGUGGUGGUCGCCCGCCAAAACGACCCAGCGAUCAGGGCUGCUCGCCUACCACGAGUCCACCCUCGCCCGCCAAGGCCAAGCUGCCUCGACUCGAUCGCGGCCCAGAGGACUUCUCCAGCGUCGUCAAGAGCAAGCUCCAGUCCUACACCCGCACGGGUCAAGCUUGCGACCGCUGCAAGGUCCGCAAGAUUCGCUGCGAUGCACUCCCCGAGGGCUGUUCUCACUGCGCCAGCCAGAGACUCGAGUGCUAUGUCACCGACCGCGUCACUGGCCGCACCGAGCGGAGAGGAUAUCUACAGGAACUCGAACGGGAAAAGUCCGACAUGCUCAAUCAUAUCCGCCAGCUGGAAGAGCUGAUCAACUCCAAGGGGAUCAACAUCAAGCCGUGGAGCUGGUCUGCCUUUGGCAAGCCAGCCCAUCCGCUAGGCAUGCUCGUCGACACGACAGGGGCCCCGAUCAAUGUCAGCAACACAGACGGGUCAUCGUGGACCAAGAGCGAGGCGGCGCCGGCCAGAGCCAAGAACCUCUCCUUAGGCGCAACACGGUCUUCUGUGCUGCUUCCUCGCCCUGGCGAUAGCCACAUUGGCGUCUUCCAGGACAAAGCCCCUCUAAGCGCCGUCAAGGGCACCCAGCUCUCCAUUCUCGGAGCCACCAUCGAUGUAACCGAUUUCGAUGCCGAGGACAUGGAAGAGCCCGCGCCAGGGUUCCAGGCGACGGAACCCUUCUACAACAAGUCCCUCUUCUCCUUCGUACAAUCCGUCAUGCACAAGCAACCGCCGCCGCCCAUAGAACUGCCUUCGAAGGACGAGGCGUUUCAGUAUUCCGAAUGGUACUUCGUCAUGAUCUUCCCGUUCGUUCCUGUGCUGCAUAAGCCUACCCACAUGCGGCUGCUUGCGCGUAUCUAUGAUGAGCCUGGGUUCAAGCCGUCUUCCGCGGAGCUCGCCAUCGUGCACAUGGUGCUCGCCAUGAUUUACUUCCAGUAUGGCAUCCGCAACCGCGAGGAGGCCGACAGGCGCAUCAUGCUCAACGAACUAUCCAACAAGCACUAUCAUUGGUGUCUCCAUACCAUCUCCGACGUGAUCGCCGACACCUCUGUCACCUCCGUACAAGCUCUGGUCCUCAUGGCCAUUCAUGCGCGGGGCUUCCCCAAGCCGGGCUGUGCAUCCCUCAUCGCGUCCUAUGCCGUCAACAAAUGCAUUGAGCUCAAUCUUCAUCGCGAGUCUAAACCUCCGGGAGCCCCUACCAACCUGGACCACGAGCUUCGGAAGAGGGCGUGGUGGUCCGCGCUCUCGAUGCUGGUCACCCUCAAUGGUCGCCUUGGCAGACCCAUGCCAUUAAACGUCAAGGAAUUUGACACGGGCUACCCUGUCCCCAUUGAUGACGAGUAUCUGACAGAGGACGGUAUCGUGGACGAGUCCAAGAUUGGACACUGCCAUCACAUGGUCGGGCUGGUGGGCUUCAAAACGGCAACCAUGUACAUGCGCAUGCAUACCGAGAUUUACGGCGUUCGCCGCGACCCGGCCUCAUAUAUCGAUACCGUCAACGAGUUGGAUGAGGAGUAUCGCAUCUGGGAGGAGAAUCUCCCCGACGACCUCAACAUCGCCAAAUGCAAGCCAGGGGAGCAAGUCUUUGCUCUUUACGCGCAAGCCUUCUCGCUCGAAUUCCGCUUCUGUCUGAGGCACCCGUCUGUCUGCAUGACUGACGAUCCAAAGUUCAUUGCGGAAAACAACCGCAUCUGCGAGGAGACUGCCCGAGCCCUUCUGAAGCAUGUCGAGAUACUACUCAGGCUCAAGUCGCUCGACACCACCUGGUACCAAAUAUCAGUCUACUGCGCCGUCAUGUUUACCAUACUGGUGGCCCACUGGGAGAGGAGGUACGAGACGACGCCCGCCGAGGUGUCACAGCUCAAAGAGGACGCAGAUACGUGGCUCGCCAUCAUCACUGAGAUCUGCCUCCUAGUCGGUUCAACCUCGGGAGAACGCCUCAGCAAUGAGAUACGGCAGAUCAUCACGCGCACGAUUGCGUGGAUUGAACGCGACAUGGGGCGUGCGCCAGGCACUGUCAGUCCCAACCAGCCUCAGAACGGCGGGCAGCAGCAGCAGACACCCCAGAUCAAACAGGAACCGUCGCAUUUCACCCAUAUAUCGAUACCACCGGCCACCGCUGCCGUCGUAAAUAGCAGUUCUUCCAUGGCGGCGAGCACCAUAGCUCAGAACAACGGCAGCAAUGCCUACUACGGCUCCAACGGAGCUGCCCAGACCACCCCUUACCCAACUCAACUAGCCUACCAACCGCAGUCGGCCACGACAACACACACUGGCAACGGCAUGUCGUAUGACCCUCAUGACCAGGCGUCGUACUUGUACGCCGCCACCGCAGCGGCAGCAGCCAUCUCCCAGGGCAACAGUGCAGGAGUGUCGGAACCGCACGAGACGAAUCCUCUCGUCGCGUUCGCCUCUCAGGCCACGUCCCACGUUGGCAGCAACACGAAUACGUGGCACGACUGGACGGCGGCCAUUGCCGACAGCCAGGACCGCUACAGUGCCAACGCCCUGUUGAACAUUGCCGCAGGACCGGCACGCGAUGGCGGUCUUGGCCUUGAUCAGGCCGGCGGCGCCCAUCACGGGCACGGCCCGGCAGCGAACGGUCUUGGGGUCAGUAUGGGUGGCAGCGGGGCGCACACCCAGUGGCCGCUGAUUCUGUUUCACGACGCCAACGGCGCUGUGAGUAGUGGGUGA